AUGAGUAUGACGAACGAGGAAGAGCCUCUCAGCCCAAUGGCGCGUGUAUUCCAGUCGCCAUGCAUAGACUACUUCGCCGUCAGCACCAUAGGUUUCAAAACCAAGAUUAAACCGGACGUUGUUCUUGAUGCUUUGAAGCAUAAUGUCUCCAAGCAUCCUCGUUUCUACUGUAAACUGUCUAAGAAUGGUGCAAAAUGGAUCGAGACCCAAGUUAAUGUAGAAGACCAUCUAGUCGUACCAUACAUAGAUCCAGAAGAGAUAGGUGAAGAUGGAGACGGCUUCGUUGGUGACUAUAUCUCACGCCUCACCUUUAACCCUCUUGAUAGGUCAAGACCCUUGUGGGACAUUCAUAUCCUUAACGUCAAAACCUCGGAUGCUGAAGCAGUCGGUGUACUAAGAGCUCACCAUUCCUUGGGAGAUGGAACAUCCAUGGUUUCUCUCUUGCUCGCUUGUACCCAUAAAACAUCAGACCCAACCAACACGUGUUCUACUUCUAUUCCUUCCUUGAAACGGCGUCAAACGGCGUCGUACAACCUUAAAAAAGAAAGGUGGUACUUAUUUACUGCCAUUGGUUCUACAAUGAGGCUGAUUUGGAAUACAAUUGUAGAUAUGUUGCUUCUUGUGGCGACUGGGUUGUUCUUGAAGGAUACGAACACGCCUCUAAAAGGCGGCGAGGAUGUUGGGAGUAAUCCGAAGAGAUUUUAUCACAGAAUCGUCUCUUUGGGUGACAUAAAACUUAUAAAGAACGCUAUGAAUAUGACUAUAAAUGAUGUUCUGGUCGGAAUUACACAAGCCUCUCUUUCUCGCUACUUGAACAAACAAUACGACAAGAAGAAUGAGGAGGAUGGAUCCAAACCGAAUCAUCUCCCACGUGGAAUACGAUUUCGUUCUGGUUGUACAGUAAAUCUAAGGUCAGAAAUCGAUUUCAAGCCUUUGGCAGAGAUGAUGGCGAAGGAUUCAAAAUGCAGAUUUGGAAACCACUUCAGCUUUAUUACAGUGCCCUUCUCCAUCAGUUUACAAACCGAUCCAUUGGUUUAUUUAAAAAUGUCUAAAUCCAUCAUGGCUCGAAAGAAGCACUCUUAUCACGCCGCUCUAGCGUAUUGGCUGAUAAACCUCGGCCACAAAGUGUUAGGAGCUGAGGUAACAGCAAGAUUAUUCAACCAACACGUGAUGAACACAACGACAUGCAUUUCAAACGUCGUUGGCCCAAUGGAAGAAAUCAGUUUCCGUGGUCAUCCUAUCUCUUACAUUGCUGCAAGCGGUUACGGACACUCACAAGCAUUGUUGAUACAUUUCGUAAGUUAUGCGGGAAAAAUGACAAUUUCGUUGGCAGUUGAUCCAACGGUCAUACCAUAUCCUCACAAGAUAUGUGAUGAAAUGGAAGAUUCACUGAAAGAGAUGAAAGCUGCUCUUUGGGAAAGAGGGUUACUCUAA